GCAACAACUCAGCCAGGAGCUGGGGCUGUCGGACACUCAAACGCAGGCGCUGCCGCAGGAGAUCAAGGCCUUGAGGGAGGUCGGCCGGACGACCAGCGGUCUACUGAAGCUCUGUAGCCAUUUCUGCUUCUCCGGAGCAUCCGACGUGCUGACUGCGGAGGACGAGUGUCAGAAGCAGUUGGCGCUGCGACGUGAAAGAAUCCGGAGGACCGAGCGAGAGGUCAAGUCCCAGGCAGAGCGAACAGCAUCCAUGGCUCAGCUCAUUCGCCACUUUGAGCCCCUCUUUGCGAAGCAGCCAGACGAGCAGACCUGCCCUCACAUUUGCAAGGAGGCCAAGGCAGCGCUGACGGCUCGGCUGAAGUUCCUGGGGAAGAAAGCACAGGGUAGCAAGGCAGAGUUGCAGUCCCUGCUCUUUGAAACCGCGGCACAAUGCAGCUCUGCAGUCCGGAGCCGAGCCCUCGCUGCUGGCUUUGAGGCGAAGACUGCGGGCAAGAUGUCCCACUACCAGGACACCGAAGCUGGAGGCAACGCAGAAGCCGAGUGGAAGAAGAUCCUGGCUGAACUUGCGCCGCAGGAGCCUGACGCAGAUUCAGGUACCUUGGAUGUUGCUGCCCGGGCCGUCCAGGGCGUACUAAGAGAGGCCAUCUCGGCUCUUCCGCGCGACCCUGCGCCAAGGUGUCUAAAGACACGUAAGCACCUGGGAAUGCCUGCGUGGCCGUCAAGUGGAGAG